CUUCAAAAUGAGUGCUCCGUUAAUUCCAAACCAGUCAUGUUAUUCCCAGCUUCACGACAGCCGCAGUGAAAUAAGAAACAACAAUGAAAGCAUAGUGAAUGUUGGGGAUACCAAUGCCAACCAAAUUGUAACAAAAGUUAGAGCCACUGACGGGGAUGUUAAGAAACAUGAUUUGACAGAUGAGAGUGGGAAUAUAUACUCUGGAGGAACAGAGAAAGUGACUCAUCUGCCCACAGAGCAGAAUAAACUUCUGACCUUCAAGGACUCUCGAUCCUGUCACACCAGUGCACAGGAGAGUAAGCUGCCCUCCACCACAAGCAGGGAAAUGGGUAAAGACUGUAGGACCAGCGAAGCUAAGGAUAUAUCCAGGCAUAUCAGGAUUAGCCGAGGACAAAGUCUGUCCAAUUUAAAAAGUGGCACAAAUGAUGCCAACCUGGAGGUUGUCUCCAAAGGUAGUAUUGACUUCACCCAGAACAUUCCUAAGGGAAAAAUGUCCAGGACUGUGGAGGUGGAGGGAAUAAAAAGGCUUUCUUUGGGAAGACCAAGUAAAUUUUCUCCUCAGCCUGAAACAUUUGCAAAAGACGGCGUUGGUCGCGUGUCGUGCAAACGUCUGCUUUCUGCAUCACUGGACUCCAUUGACAGGUCUCACCACUUGGUAGGAAGUACAGAGAAAUCCCAAAAAACAUCCACAGAUCAUUUUCUUGGGAUGGUGUUUUGUCCACUUGACAAUACCUCAGAGGAAAAGACUGUAUUUUAUUCCAAACCAUCUACCUCAGGGAACAAGAAAACAAGUAAACCAGAAAAUGUACCAAAUGUUAGCAUUGAAAGCACAUUGCAUACUUCUCAUUCUCAACAUUCAGCUGUUAAGCUCAGUGAGGUUGCUAGUAAAUCAGAAGCACAAUUAAGUCAGGGUGAUAAAAGCAAAAAACUGGAGGUUAGGACUGCACCAUCUCUGCAAUAUAAAAAUACAUGUCCACAAAAGGUAGAGAGAAUUAUGUUGGUAGAGUUCCUGGGGUGUCCAAGACCUGAAAAAACAACAGUGCAGGAACAGAAAAGCUCUGGGUCUGACAUGUCAAAAUUUCAAGCAUCCCAUUUUCAUGACACCUGUAAUAGAGUAGAGGGCCCAUUGUCAAGCCAGGUAGUAACUCAUCCUGAUGAUAAAUUGCAACAUGAUAGCAUCGCCAUCAGUAGGGAAGGAAGAGGAAGCAAUGACAGUGACAGCAGGGCAACCAGCCAGGCUGAUGAGGAGUAUUUUACUGAUGAGGAAAUGGAAACAAUAUUUCCACUCACCUGCAGCAAUAAAUCCAGCAUCAAAGUGACACCGAGAAAAAACAAAAAUUUGCGUGAAGUUGACACAGGUUGCACUGAAACAGUUGGUGAACAGAUAUCUCCCGUACAUGAUAUUAAUCCACCUGACAGCAAACCCUUGGAAGUUAAUGAGAAUAAACUGAUGCUAGUCAAAGAAGGCACUGAGGAUGCUGUUGUGCCUGCUUCUGAUCCGUCAGAUCGUCACAGAGCGCGCAGUGCAGAGACAGUGUCGAACCAACAACCUGACAGUCACAGCAGUGAUGUGGAAACCUCAAAUGUUUCGGUUUCAAGUAAAGAAACAGCUAAUGUAGAGAAACAACCUCCAGAGGAAGCACAAGAGAGCUGUAACAUUCCAGCAAAGGCUGAUGUCUUUUUAUGUGUCCCAACUCCUGUGCGCCCAAUGGCAACGUCGGAUGUUAAUGGUCAGCCCACACUAUCAAACAGUAAUUUGAAGGACCUUUAUGCACUUCAUGAUGACAAAUUGUCACCCUCCUCAGUCUUACCUCCCACUGACAGCACACAGUUGUUAAACUUAUCCCCUAAAGUGCCUAUCAAGACUGCUUGCAGCAGCGCCAUCCCAAAACCUAUCCUGGUCCACCCCAAGGGCUCCCUCGCAGAUAAGGCUGGUGUGGACAGUGACUGCAGUGAAAAGCUGGAAGAAGGCGCUGAGAUGAAGCCUGCCAUCCCCCGGCCCAAACCCGUGAGGCCGAAGAUCAUCACGUACAUUCGGAGGAGCCCUCGUUCCAUGGAGCAGCUCGACCCUUUGUUUGCGCCAGCGGGGCUGCCCUUCGACGGCGCCGCGUGCAGCGUGCCCGUCCCCGCCGAGCAGAAGGCGUCCGGCGGAGGGGAGCCAAAGCCCGCCAGCGUCCUCUAUGACAAAUUUAAACCUGACCUCCAGAAGCCAAGACUCUUUGGUUCUGGACUAGUAGUGUCAGGAAUUAGGCCCCCAGGUCAUCACUUCGGUCCGAUGGGCGAGAAGUUUCUGCAGGAGGUUGGGGAAAGGCCUGCAAAAGAUGAAUUCUGCCCUCCAGCGUACACCCACUAUGAGGUGUCACCAAGCUUUUAUCGAUCUGCCAUGAUCCUGAAGCCACAGCUGGGGCUGGGAGCAGUGUCCAGGUUGCCAUCUGCCAAGAGCAGGAUUCUCAUUGCGAGUCAAAGAUCCUCAGGGAGUUGUCUCCAUCAGCAAGGAGAGAUAACAAGUGCUCCCAGCCUCUACCAUCCUGAUGCUUCAGUUGAUCUUAAGAAAGGAUCAUGUCCAAGUGCUGCAAAAUCAAAUCUCCCCAAGCCCUGCCCGUCUGGACUCCGUCCCCCAGGUUAUUCACGGCUGCCAGCAGCUAAGCUGGCUGCAUUUGGGUUUGUCAGGAGCUCGAGUGUGUCCUCUGUCUCCAGCAACCAGUCCAAUGACAGCUCUCAGAGCGACCAGAGCAGGACAACUAACCGUUCCAGCUUUGGAAAUGAAGAGCAGACCACCCCUAGGGCACCUGCACCUUCUAAGGAUGCUCCCAAGGGGAGCAGCAAAGGCACAGCACAGGUAUCGAGCAGCACAGCGACACCACGCAGGAGCUUACUGCCAGCGCCAAAAACAGCCACAGCACCCGCUGGUGUGAAGAAAGAAGUGCAAAAAGAUCAGGAUGCUAGCAGACCAGUUGCCUCAUCCCCUAAGAAAUCAGCAGUUACAGCCACAAAACUCCAUUCACCAGGACAUUCCAGGCAAAGGCCAGCCACCCCAAAGAAUGGAUUCUCCCCCAAACCAGGAGAGGGGCGAGACACAGAAAAGCAGUUGGUUCAGAAACUGAAGGAAAAGUGUGAUGAGCAGUCCCGGCAGUUAAUCAAUAUCCAAGAUGAGCUUAAAAGGGCCAGCUGUGGCUUUGAUGUCUUUGCUAUAACAACACAGUACUUUUUCAGGCAGAAUGAAAAUGCCCUUGUGAAAAUAAAGGAGUUAGGAGUCGAGCUUGAAAAGAUCAGGGAGGAAGUUGAGCUCAACACGGCGCGAUGGAAGGAGCUGCAGAGCGAGAAGGAGCAGCUGGAGCGGCGCUUCCAGGAGGAGGGGCAGCAGCUCCGCAGGCAGCAGCAGCAGGAGAUGCAGGCCCUGGAGCAGCGGCUGCAGCAGGAGUACCAGGCCAAGAAGGAGAGCCUGCAGGAGCAGCACAGGCUGCAGCUGGAACAAGCCAAAUUGCAGCAUCAGGAUCAGGUGGAAGAUCUCACAGCUGUACAUGAAGCUGCAAUGUCACAGCUGGAGAAUAACCACAUAGUGGCCAUUACAGUCCUGCAGGAUGAGAACGACUGCAAGAUUCAAGAACUGAAUACUGCUCACAAGCUGGAAAAGGCACAACUGGAGGAGACCUUUGAGAAGCUGCGUCUGUCACUCCAGGACCAGAUAGACACCCUCACCUUCCAGAAUCAAUCUCUAAAGGCCAAAGCAGACCGGUUUGAAGAGGCUCUGAAGAAAAACACUGAGGAACAGCUGAAGAUUGUGAGAGCUCCGUAUCUACACUUAGAAAAAGAUUUGAAGAGCUUAAAACAUGUUCUGGAAAUGAAGAACCUCCAGAUUCACCAGCAGGAGAAGAUGAUUAUGGAACUAGAAAAACAGGUUGAAAAAAAUUUAAAACUGGAAGAAAAAAUCACCAUGCUGCAACAGCAGAAUGAAGAACUCAGAGCCAGGAUUGAGCAAAAUACUGUCAUAACAAGGCAACUGUCAGAGGAGAAUGCAAAUCUUCAAGAAUACGUUGAGAAAGAAGUGGAGGAGAAGAAGAAGCUCAGCAGGACUAACGAGGAGCUGCUCUGGAAGCUGCAGGAGGGAGAUGCCGUGAGCCCCGUCAAGCUCCCGCCCUCACCGUCCACUCCUCUCUAUCGCUGCUCGUCAGGGAACUCCUCUCCAGCAAAAGUCAGAACCUUGAGGCGAUGAACAGGCAGCUGUGUGCCGAAUGUUCCCUGCCUUUUAUGCAUUUCCAGUCUGCAAAGUGUUACCAUCCAAGGAAGUACUACCAUCAACAGGUGCCCAGGGUUCAUGGCUGCAAGCAUGCUCAGCAGCUGCAUAGCUUUACACUAGGCAGGGUACUCUUACAGUCCCCACACAGAAAUUCUUGGUUCUGACAUGUUGAUUAGGGUAGCAAAAAAGAUAGCCAAAACUAGAACAGCAGAAAGUUAGGAUAGGAAAAGGUUUAGCUUGAUGUGUGAACAUUUUAACUAUGGUUAGAGCCAAAAGUUGGGAAAUGCUCUAUUAAUGUUCAUCAGAAUGAACUUUUGCUGCAGUAUUUCAGGUUAGUUGCAAAUGGUGUGAAUAUUUCUGUAUAUGUGUCUGUGUUUAUAUACAUGUAUGUAUUGUACCUUUAUACCUAUAUAUAGACGCACACACAUAUAUAUGUAGUUGCAGAUGUUCUGAAUUACAUUUUUUAUAUUAUUGGAUACUACUAAGUGCUGAUAUAUUUUCAUUACAGUCAGCAGUUUUCUAACUCGUGCCUAAGACUUGUAUCUAAACAAAAUGCAUUUCUGUUUAGCCUCCCAGGAAUAUUUAUACCCAACCUAGAAGAAAGUUACACAGAAGUAGAAGCGCCUUCCAAGUGACCACCAAGUGGUACUCUAUGUAACAUGAACACCAGCGAAUUUGAAAUUCUAAGACAGUACUGCCUUCGAAACCAUCACCUUUGCAUUGAACACCAGAAAAGAUACGCAUACCAUCCACUACUUUUUAACUCUUAGCAUUGAUAUUCUAAGUGGAGAUAGGCUAGAGAUGAGAAAACUGAGAGUUUUAGCAAAUUUGGUAGAGGUUACUGGUUAACAUGGUUCAAUUUUAGUGUCUUUAUUUCAAUCCUAGUCAGAUCUUAUCUUGUUUAACCUUGUCGUGGUUAGGAUGCAAUCAAAAUCUCUGGCUGUAGAUUUCUGUCCAUUUUGUUUUAUUUCAAGCCCCAGAAGCAAGAAGGAAAAAAUAAGUUGCUUAUCUUUGCUGGAGGAGAGGUUUCCAAUGGUAAGAUGAGAUACUGGACAUCUGCUAGGGCUCUAGCUUCCUUACACUGCAAAUGCCAAACAGAGCAUAGCCAAGUUCAUAGGUGCAGAUGAAGUCAGAAUUUCAUUCCUUCCACAUAUCUGCAUUAUUUCACAUUGCUACAGCUUACCCAGAGUUACAGAGCACUUUGAAGAUUCAUGGAAAUGAGUGGCUAAACUACCUUUAACUUUCCCAUCUAGAAGCAAAAAUGUUCACCCAGGCUUGGGGUGACUUCCCACCUAAGGGGACGGUGAGGCCGAGGAGUAGUUGGGGUCAGACUGUCUGCAGGGCCCUCACGGGCAUGGCUAACAAGAUAAAAAUAUCCCUGAGAACAAUUUACAAAACAAAGAGAUCUGUGGGAUGCUUUUCUACCCAGCUUAGGGCAAAGAGCCUGCAUGCAGGCUGCUCUGUGCACUGGGGCCAAAGUUAGCAGGGCAACAGCACCUGGAGGGAAUCCCUGAGGUGCAGGACGGCUGCAGGGAGGGUGGCUUUCUCACCCGGGUGUGGUGCAGCAGGCCCUGCACCCACAGGGGUGGCACUGCACAGCCCUGCCAUCCUGCCAGAGUGGGAGCUGUGCUUCAGCUUUCCUGGGAAAUACUCAGGAUUCACAGACUGCAGCUUAGAUACAGCUUCAACCACCAUCAAAGCACCUGUGGCCUGUUCCACAGUGUUAAAAAGAAAGAUGAUUUUUUUUCUCCUUUUUUAGAGAAAUUUAUUUUUGUAGCAGCUUUUGCAUGGUACUGUGAUACUGAGUAAAUUGAGCAUCUUCUUAGAAUAGAUCAUGCCACACCAGCUACUACUGUUGAAAUGCAUUGCUAGAUUUUAGUGUGUCCAGCAAGUGCAACCUGAAAGAUAGAUACCUAGCACGCACAUGCACACACAGCCCUUCUUGCCAAGUACGACUUUAAUAAUUUUGAUAUUUGCUAAUGGCACAACUAUUUGCAACACCUACGGCAUUGUCAUCUUUCAUUCCACCAACAGAAUUCUGAGACAGUGAGGUCACAGGCUCAGAGGGUGAUUUGGGUUAGAAGGGAACUUUAAGACUAUCCAGUCCAGCCCCCACUGCCAUGGGCAGGGACACUUCCCACUAGACCAGGUUGCUUAGAGCUUCAUCCAGCCUGGC